AUGGUUCCAGGUGUCAUGAAGCUGAAGCCUAUCGAUGGCUGCACCAACAUCUGCCGCUCACGAACACCAGAUCCCGAAAAGCAAUCUCUGCCACGGUCCAAGGCCUCGAUUCCUGCUGCCUUUGACAAGAAAUCCCACCGACUGCAGUAUGCUGCUGAGUUGGAAGAGCAGGAGAUAAUCGACGGCUUGAGGGAGAACCCUUCCAUCGACCCAGAAACACAGCAUCAGAUUCUUGUAACCUACUAUAAACUGCACAAGCAGAUUAAGGCAGAAGAACUAUAUAAGCGCAACUACGCAGCAUAUAGGUAUAAGUUAAUUUAA